AGUGUAGGAUUAAAGGUGUCCACUUCAAGUUGUAUAUAAAUAGGUAUUUUUAGUUGUAUAUAAAUAGUUCACUAAAGCUUUAGUGAAUAAGUAGUUCACUAAAGCACGAGGCUAAGCCUCGUUGGAAGUCGUAAAAUGUGGAAUCUCAUUAUUGACUUUGGUUCUUAAUUAGUGAGCUAAUGCUAAUCACAUGAUACUUAGUGGGGUUAAACACUUAGCACAUAACAACCAUCUACCGAUUUUUUUUUGGUAAAAAAGGUAUUUUCACCUAUUUUCCAGAAACUCAAACAUCGUAAAUAGUUAUUCCCAGCGCGAAUCGAAUCCCGAAUCGAAUCCCGGUGGCGAAAGUUACGGCCGCAACCCUUUUACCACUAGAUAACCGAUUUGAAAAUAAAGAUCAAUACUAUUAAAAGGAAAGAAGUUUUAAUAAAUCUACUUAAAAAAGUUGUUUGGACCAUUUCUUUGACCAACAAUAUUUUUGGUCUUACCAUAAUAUUUAAUUAACAAUAAAUAACCAAAAAUUUCUCUAACAAACAUUUAAUAAUACAUUUAUUCAUUAGACCACAUUAUUUUGUACAAGAACAAAGUUAUACGACAUAUAUGCUAUCCUUUAUUAGAUGAUCGUACCAUUUACUACACAAAAAUAAUGUACCACAUAUACUUUAUUAUAUUAUUCUCUAAACAUGUCUCAUUAGUCUCAUAAUUAAUAAAUGACUCAUUUCACCCAAUAUAAAUAAAUUAUAUAAGUCGUUUGAUCCACCAACUAUGUAACAAUACACACCAUUCUUUCAAUACUUCUGUUUUAAAUUAUGAAAAAAGUUAAUUCAUAUAUUUGCUAAGAAUAUAUCUUACUUCGAAAAGUAUCUAAAUUUGAAACAAAUCAAAAAUUAAAUAUUCAUAUACUUUUAUCCUAUUUUAAAAACCAAGAUAUAGCAUCAUUGUUACAAAAUAUUUUAACCAAAAAAUAAUAUACCGUAGAUAUACUAUUUAAAUUCAAUAACUUUAUCAACUUUAACAGAUUUCAUAACUCAUUUAAAAAUUAACAUAUAUCAUAUAUCAUACUAUACCAUGUCAUCAUACAUUAUAUAUUCCAAAAUAUACAAAAUCAAAUUUAAUAAAGUAAACCAUAUGUUAAAAAUUAUAUAUUUUACUUAAAAUUAUUUUUUAUACAAAGUAUUUAUCAUAAAUUUUGUUAUUUAAAAUAAGUUUUGAAACUAUUAAAAACUUUACAAAUUUAUACUAUUAAAUUAGCCAAAAAUAUUUCAAGUACAUCUUAAAGAUAAUUAACUCAAAAAAUGUAACUCUUAUAAAAUGCAUACAAAAUACAAUCAGAGAGUGUAAAGUCAAAAACAAAAUACAAUCAGAGAGUGUAGGUCUGAUCUCAGUCAGCAAGUCAGGUUCAUUUUGGGUCCUAAAUAUUUGGACAUAACUAGGUAUUUAAUUUUUUGGUUUAGGUUUGGAUUGGUUCUUUUCAGGUCCUGAGCGGUUUGAAUCUAUAAUUCAAAUACCUGUAAAAUACAUGUAAUUUUUAGGUACGUAACAUGUCCGAAUUAGUUUGGGUAUUGAGGAACCAAAAAAUACUCGAUGUACCUGAAAACCCAAAAAAAAUACUGAAACACAUACCCAAAAACCCAAACAAGUACCCAAAAUAUUGAAUUACCAAAAAGAUCCAAAAUUUUACAUCAAAUCUGACCCGAGUAACAAAAAAAUACUCAAAAAAAAUUUCCGAAUAACCUAUAUAUAUUUUUAUUACAAUUUUACUCAAAACCCGAAACUAAAAUCGAAAACCUGAACGCAAAACUUAAAAAGUAUUCGCAAUACCAAAAACAUAUCUAAAAUACUCGAAUAUACCUAAUAUACACAAAAAAUUCAGGUACUUGGGUAUUAGGUUGGGUCUCGGUUAGGAUAUUGACUCAAAGAAAACUUGCGGGUCCAAAAACAAAAUUGAAUAUGUACUUUGCCCUAGAUCCAAACCAAAACAGCACCAAUAUUUCCAGAUUGGUUUCAGUUUGGUUUCACGGAUCUGGUAAAAUGUUCAUAUCUAAGAGAGAGAAUUACAUAAGAGUAUAUAUAUAAAAUCAUAAAUAAACUAAUUCAUAAAUUAUAAAAUUUUAAAUAAAUUGUUUCUUCGAUAUAAUAUAACUUUUAUAACAUAAUAAUGCAUAACAAUUUUAAAAUACUAAUUCAUAAUAUUUGUUUACAAUCCAAAGAAAAACUCGCGCUUUCGAAGCGCGGGUCAAAAUCUAGUUAAACAUUAAUAUUACAUUAGAGAUUAAUGCAUAGUAUUUUUCAAUUGGUUCAAUUAUGUAAAAUUUGGAUAAAAUUAUAAUUUAGUUAUUUUGUGAAAUAAUUUGGUAGAAGUGGAUUUGACACUAAUAGCUUUUUUGAUGAAAUGUUUAAUUUAUUUAUCAUCGUUAAAAAAUAUGUACAUAUUUAAGGAAACUAACAACUAAUCUGAAACAACCAAAACUAAAGCAUAUGAGUCUCAAACCAACAACAAAAAAUAUAAAGAUUUCUAAUAGCAUAAAUCAUAAAUCACACAUGGAUAAAAUUUAUUUCAUAUUAUGACUCUAAAUUAAUAAGCUUUAUUGCUAUAAUGAUUAAAAUAUGUAUGAACUUGGAAAUUGUUAGUUUAGUAUAAUUCAAACAAAGCAGAAAAAAAUCUCCCAAGAUUUUGAUGACAUUUCCAUUAUCUCUACUUUUUUUUGUCAAACUUCUAUUAUCUCUACUUGUGAUACCAUAAUAAUAAGUUAUCAAAUGGAUUGUUCACAACUCAGAAGUGCACAUUCAGCUUCCAGCCAUUACAAUCUUGACAGGAAUUAAAAUAAGAAUUGUGAAAACUUAUCCUUAACAUUUGUGGCCACAUACUCUACUUUCCACAAUCAACCAACAUUCCCAAUAAAUUACCAUUCACCACUUAUAGACACACCAGGCAAAGGGAAAACAAGCUAGACAACAAAAAUCUGUGAUGGAUUUGACUCAUCCGAGGAGAAAACUAAACUUUCUGCUGAUCAUCUCAUUAUUAUUACUAUCAUUACGUCAUCAAGAUUAUAACGUUGAAGCACAAAAUUCAGACAAAGUAGUGAAUCUUCCCGAACAACCAUCCAAUCCAAAGAUCUCUCACUUCUCAGGUUAUGUCAACGUGAAUCAAGAAAAUACACGAGCACUCUUCUUCUGGUUCUUUGAAGCCUUGUCUGAAGACCCAACAAGACCUCUAGUUCUCUGGCUAAAUGGAGGUCCUGGAUGUUCAUCCAUUGGAUAUGGAGCAGCAUCUGAAUUAGGACCUUUUCGUGUGGUUGAAAAUGGGACAAGCCUUAGAUUCAAUCAAUACUCUUGGGUCCAAGAAGCGAAUAUGUUGUUCUUAGAAUCACCGGUUGGAGUUGGGUUUUCGUACACCAACACAUCUUCCGAUUUGGACAACCUCAACGACAGUUUCGUUGCGGACGAUGCAUACAACUUCAUGGUUGCUUGGUUUGCAAGGUAUCCCCAAUAUAAGUCUCGUGAUUUCUUCAUCGCUGGUGAAAGCUAUGCCGGUCACUACGCACCUCAGCUAGCCGAGCAAAUAUACGAUCGAAACAAAGUUAAACCAAAAGAGUCCUUCAUUAACCUCAAAGGCUUCAUUGUAGGCAAUCCAUUGACGGACGACAAGUACGAUAACAAGGGGAUUCUAGAAUACGCAUGGAGCCAUGCAGUAAUCUCCGACAAUCUCUACGACACCGCAAAACGUAACUGUGACUUCAAGUCAUCGAAUUGGUCGGAACCAUGCAACGUUGCCAUGAAUACAAUGUUCCAAAAAUACAAAGAGAUUGAUAUUUAUAAUAUAUAUGCUCCCAAGUGCACCACCAGUAACUCAUCAGCAGCUUCCUUCUUAGGAGUUUUCAAUAAGUCUCCGGCAAUGAAAGACUGGUUCAAGCGAGUGAGAUGGUUUGAAGGUUACGAUCCUUGUUACUCUGAUUAUGCUGAAAAAUAUUUCAACAGAGUUGAUGUUCGAACGUCUCUUCAUGCCACUACACGAGGUGUAUCAAGGUGGAAAGUUUGCAAUGAUUCGAUAUUGCAAACGUACCAAUUCACUGUCUCCUCAAUGUUGCCGACCUAUAGUAAGCUCAUCAAAGCUGGUCUCAAGAUAUGGGUUUAUAGUGGAGACGCCGACGGGAGGGUGCCGGUGAUCGGAAGUCGGUAUUGUGUUGAAGCUUUAGGUCUUCCCGUCAAAUCUGAAUGGCGCUCUUGGUUCCACAAUCAUCAGGUUGGAGGGAGGAUAACGGAGUACGAGGGAGGGUUAACGUUUGUAACAGUGAGAGGAGCUGGACACUUGGUUCCUCUCAAUAAACCUGAAGAAGCUCUCGCACUUUUCAGUUCCUUUCUUAAUGGUCAAGAACUUCCGUCACGCCCCUAGAUAUUAUCACAGAUUCACAAUAUCAUAUAGUCCUCUGUCUUUUCUUGUUUGUUUGUAUGUUUGUUUGUUACUGGUUCUAUAAUAAAACAUGGAUAGAUCAUAAAUAAUAAAUCCAAUCAUCACAUGUAACAUAUUACUGUUCUAUUAUACUAUCCAACCAUCUAAUGG